GACGCGCACACAUCAGUCGUUCCAUUUAUUAUAUCUGGAUUAACUUUUCCAACACUUUCUCCAGCUCUUUAAAAAUAUUUCCUUUGUCCAUUUUAUAAUUAUAUAAAUCUUUCAACUUUUGGAAAGGAUGUGAAAAAUCUUUAUACACGUAAACAAGCAAUUUUUAGUUUGAAACGCGUUUUGGUUGUCAAAUAACAACUUGAAAAACGCGCAAAACCAUAAACAAACUUGUGUAAACUUGUGACCGUGCGCGUCAGUACGUACAACGAACGCGUCGAACUUCCGCGAAUCAAGCAAACUGGCAGAAAACAUGCUGAACUCGUAAGAGUUAAAUUCCCCUAGGAUUUUGCUCAAAAUAUUUUCAUACUCAUUCUACUGAAAUAAAUGCCGUAUAAAGAAGAAGAAUAAAAGAUGAAGUGUAAAAGAUAUAUCAGAUUUAGUUAGUUGCGUGAUCAUAAAGCAUACGCAAAGAUGGCACGUUUAUUCAAUCCGUCGCUAGUUAAAAUUUUGAGUGCAGCAAUAGUGACUACCAAUGCCAAAGAUUUUUCGGUUGCCAAAUGGAAGCGACAUUCAGAAAGUAAAUUCAAUGCAGUGAAAACUGAUAUGCAGCCAUUGCUGUGUGAAUAUUUCAAGCACAAAGACACCAAAAUCAUAAAAUUUUACUACGUAUUUUCAUCCGUUGUUGGCUAUGAUGUGGACACAGUAACUUGGACCAAGAUUGUAAUAGAUGGUGUGACAUAUUUGUCCCGAAUCAAAACGUUGCGAGAAGAUGGAAUAUCGAAAAUUGUCAGUGUGGAUCUUUACCCUUAUAGGAAAACCAAAUCAAAAUGAGUUUUUUCGACCAAAAACUAACCGAAAUUGUAAAGAUGAUAAUUUGGAAUUUUUUUCAUAAAAUAAACUAUCAAAUGUAUUGCCAAAAAUGGCGGAAUAAAGAAAAGUUUCUUCAAAAUAAAAUUGCU